UGCCUAAUCGACGUUACCUCCGAGGAGGGAUCCUCACGAGGGGGAGAAGAAGUAGGGGCCAUAGGGCGGAGUGCACACGGGACGGUGGUACGCGAGUUACCCAGCUUCGGAACACCUGCACGAUGACAGGGCCUACUGCUGCUUGUCUGGAAUUAUCUGGGCGCUUGCGCGUUGUUACAAUGGUUGUGGUUGUGCCUCUAGGGCUCCCAGGAUCCGGCUUAUAAAGGCGCACGGAUCUAGGGUUUACAUGGAGAGUCCUAGCCGGAAUACAAGUUGCCUAACUACGGUACAAUGUCUUGCCGUGUACGUCAAGGAUCCGCCUUCCUUAUGGCCGUACUGGAUCCGGAUACUUUAUGGGCCUCCACGGAUCCGGCCUCCUUCGUAGGUCGGUUCAGGAUCCGGCUCCGAGUUCCUGGGCUGGACUUCAUCCUUCUUGAUCAACAGCAACUGGGCCGCCCGAUGGGCCCCAUGCCACCAUCACCGUCUGUGGGCCACCCGGGCUUGCCGGAUCUAGGCCAUGUCGUUGAUAUACCCAUAAAGUAUACCCACAACAGUAGCCCCCGAAGUUCUCCGAGAUUCAUCAUUCUUCCGCCUUCAUAUAACUCGGAACCGAAGAGAAUCUUUGAAGAGCUUCCAAACUUACUAGUUUCCGAUAUCAUUUAACCGGAAAUCCACAUGUCCUUUAGUAACGAUAAUGUAACGGAGUUUGCACUUUUUCCCGCGCACAACUUCCUAUCUUCCCGCGCUAAAUUUUCGGAGAUGCGAAUCUUUAGCCGGAAAUUUCGGGAGCGCACGGUUAAAUUACCUCCACGUCAUUUUACCGCUUUUAACCUAAAACACGUGUCAUGCAUCCAACGGUGAGACCGUUCAGUUUCCGCCGUAGGAUCCGGAAUGCGAAUCUCCGCGCGUGGGCUAUAAAUACCCCGACGCGCGGUAAUUCCUCAUUCGUUUCACCCGUUCACCACUUCGUCUUCCUCCUCCCGCCGCGCCGCCCGCCAGAUCUCUACUCCGACGAGCUCCUCCGCGGAAGACUUCACGCCAGGUCGCUCCAAGCCUUCCCCCGUUCCAAGAUCGCCGCGGUUGACCGGGAAAUCUCCCCCGCCGCCGAUUCGUGGUCACGCGGGCCGUUUUUCAGCAAGUUCGGCGACCUUCGUCCUCGCCGGAGCAUCGCCGGUUCGCCACGCCAUUGACGGUACGUGCACCGGACCUGUAGAAGAAGAAGUAGAGUAGAUUCCGGUAACUCAAACACUUUGCAUGGGUGCAGCCGGAAGUAUGCCGAUCGACUCGCACUGUACUGGUAGUUCUCCGAAUAGCCCAGAUCCCAGUUCAUUAGAGCCAAUCUGUCCGGAUCCCAUUGCAUACCUACCACCAUAUGUUUCCGACAUCCGGCUGGCUCAACCUUUUUCCGCAUCUUCUAGCACCAAGUUAGGCCGGAUCCCAACCGCACAAGAAAUCGAAGAAGAACUUCAAGGGCAGGCUAGAAUGGCAGCCAAGGUGCAGGAGACGGAAAACAAGAAAGCUUCUAAGGCCCGGAACCGCGAAGGAGAGCGGGGUCAAUGGUGGCCCUGCGAAACCACUGAUACGGAGCUCAGAGAGCUUCAGAACGAAGGUAUGAUCUCCGCUCACUGGAGUUUCAUACGCGACACCGUCAUCCCCAAGCCAGGAGCCGGAGAAGUGGUCAUGACUAAGGCUUGGGUGGAACGCGGAUUAUCGCUCCCCUGCUCGGAAUUUUUCCUCUCCGUCCUCAACACGUAUGGACUUCAACCCCACAACAUAUGCCCCAACUCCUACCUUCUGCUCUCCAACUUCGCAACUCUCUGCGAAGGGCAUCUCGGAAUCCGGCCAGACGUCAAGCUAUGGCAGUUUUUCUUCCGAGUGAAGAAAGAAACAAAAGACAAAGCUAUGCUGAACUGCGGGAGCAUGACAUUCAUGCUCCGACCUGGUCGUAUGUACCCUCCUCAUGACUCGCACGAAUCCGUCCGGUACUGGAACGCCGGAUGGUUUUACGAGAAGAAUGUGUCAGUUCCGGAGAUCCAUGACGGUCUCCCCAAAUUCAACAACGAGCCUCCGGAAGAGCUCGCAAGCUGGAGCUUCAUCCCGUCGCUUUCCCUAACUCCCAUCCUGGAGAAGGCAGCGCGGAGAAUCUCCUGGUUAGUCCACGACGGGCUAACCGGAACCCAGCUUACACUGAGCUGGUUCACUCGGCGGAUCCAGCCUCUGCGAUAUAACGCGCGAUUAAUCUGCGCAUACACCGGGGCGGACGACCAGCUCCGAGCUACCCGCCACGAUCUUCCGGCUGAUUCUCUCAAAAGGAGAUUCAAGACGCUGGUGAAGGUGGGCCGAGGUCAACCGAUCCCGGAACUGAUCAAGGAUAUUUACACGAACGACCAGUGUCCUCCGGUAAGCUUUGACCCUUUCGUUACUUCAAACUUCACAAGUUUUUGGAUAUUGACUAACAUAUGAUAUCUUUCCCUCCAGCUCGCUACAUUGGCGGAGGAAAACUUACGCACCAUACUUCGCGUCCCCGUCAGCGGCGACACGGCGGAGGAGGUUCCGGAAGACGAAGAGGAGGAAGAGGAGCAAGCACCCCGCAAGGCGGCUCCUCGACCUACGAAGCGUCCCCGCGCCAAAGCUUCCGGCUCUGAAGCCGGAGCCAGCGGCGAGGCCUCCGCCAAGAAGCCCAAGAUCGUCAAGCCCCCUCCGCUAGACUCAAGGAAGGCGGAGCGGGAACGUUUGAGAAUGCUUUCAACAGCAGGCAAACAUUCGCGCCCCAUCAUCCCCGGCGCCCCGUAAGUUUCCGGGUAUGGUACAUAUUUACUUUGAUGCAUUUGUUACUUAUGCAAUCUUCUUUUACUUGUUCGCAGAACUCCGACUACCGCCGCCACUCGGACCGCCAGCCAAAAACCCAUCACAGAAUUCAUGAAGAAAUCUCCGGCUGUUGGUCCUGCAACUCCAGCUCCGCCAAGCGCUUCCCACACUGCUCCACCGCCAUCUCCUCCUCAGGCGGAUCAAUCUCCCCCUCCUGCCGCAUACACUCCACCGGAAAUAAUUCCGGUCAGCAGCGAGAAGGUGGGCGGAGAGGAUCCUAAAGCCAAGGGCCCUGCCCAAGAAGAAACUCAAGACCAAGGAGAGGCUGAAGUUACUUCCUCCGAGAAGGUCGGAGCCGGUGCUGGCGACGUUGUCGUGUUUCCGAAAAACUUUGGAGAUCCGUCUGACCUCACCUCCACCCCCAAGGCAUAUGCUACCAAGUUCUUCAACAAGCCGACGGAGACAGAAAAGUGGGAACUUGAACAAGAUCUGCUCAACGCCAUGCUGAACAAUGCCUGGGGGAAACCGGACGCCGCUACGUCGGAAAUCCAGGAGUUUAAGAAGGGUGUCGGCGAAUUCUUCGACAAGCUUGUCUGCAAACAAAAGGAACAGCAGGCACUGCACUAUGAGCUGCACAAGAAUAUUGCUCUGCAGCGCCGCGUUACCUUGGGCCAAGCGGAGAAUAUCCGAGCCCUCAAAGAUAAAAAUGCAGAACUGAACAAACAGCUGGCGGACGCCCAAGGCGCAUCUUCUUCCCUGGCGACAACCUCCUCCGAACUGGAAAACCUGCGCUCCUCAUACCAAGAGUUGGAGAUAAAGCUGAAGGAGGCGGAGCAGCAGAAGGAGCGUGCCGAGAAGCAACUGGCGGAGAAAAACUCCGAGCUCAUCAGGGAGAAGGGCGAAUUCGUGCUGAAGCGUAAUGCUGAUAGCGAGACCAUUAAGAGGCAGCAAAAGGAGCUCAAUGGACUCCGGAAGUACAUGGAGACCGCGGAGCACCAUUGGGACCUGCUGGCCGAAAAUAUCCUGGAGCCACUCGGAUAUCCUGAAAAGCGCCGGAACAAAUUUCCCCGGGACGAUGUUCUUUCUCUUGCUGGCGAUGACUGCAAGGAUCUUAUAUCCGCUUCACGGAAAAUAUGCCACAACUUGUCACUGAAGAAGAGCCGCACCUGCGGUCUGCGCAAACUGAUCAAGCGGAUGGACAUUCUUCCGGAGCUGGUAACAGAUCUUCAAGCGUCGUCGGCCCGAGGCGCAGCUGCCAUGACUUUGACCAGGUGA